AUGGCAACCUUCGCCUUUGGCUUCUCGUGUUCUCCUCCUCUUUCUCUGCGCCUCUCACUCCGUCAUCGUCUCUCACCUGCACCUCCUAUCUUUCACCUUCGGUCCACCAUCAGAUUUACUAAAUUACGAACCACAGAAGCCCUAGUUUUCGCUUCAUUGUCGUCUUCUUUCGACGACUUCAGUACUAGCAAUGGAAAUUCACGCUCAAAGAAAUCGUUCAUUACAAAGUUGAUACAAGAGAUAGAGCCUUUGGAUGUGAGCCUUAUUCAGAAAGAUGUGCCUUCAACUACUGUGGAUGCCAUGAAGAGGACUAUAUCAGGCAUGUUGGGUUUACUUCCAUCCAACCAGUUUCAAGUUUUAAUUGAAGCUUUAUGGGAACCUCUUUCCAAGCUAUUGGUUUCUUCGAUGAUGACUGGGUAUACACUACGGAAUGCUGAAUAUAAACUCUGUCUGGAAAGGAACCUUGAUAUAUAUGAAGGAAAUAUUGAGAAACAAGCAGUUGAAGCACCAAGGACGUGUGCUGAUGAUAAAAUGAUCAACAGUUCCAGGAAAGAAGAGUUUCCCAAAUCUGAAAAAAAUAGUGAAAAAACAAUUGAUCUUCCAGGCCUUGAAGAAAUGACCCCCGAAGCUCAACAAUAUAUAUUUAAGUUGCAGUCACAGUUGGCAUCUUUCAAGAAGGUAAACAAUAGCACUUCAAAUAGUUUACUUUUGAAAGUGGAUGACUUGGUUUUCUUAUCGAUCAUUGUGUUGUUUUGUAAAAAUAUUACUCCGAUGAAUUGUGCUAAUCUACACAAAUAAGAUGUGAAAAUUGCAAUGGGCCUUAUUGACAUUCUAGUCAGUUUGGGACUUUGGAAGAUAUGCUUUCCUCUAGGGACGCAGCCAGAAAAUUCUUUUAGGGUGGGCACUUAAUAAGCUUUAAUUUUUUCUAAUAGAAGUUAUAUGAUACAUUUAUAUUUUAUUAUAUUAUUGGUAAAUUUCAACAAAUAAUAACUAAAAUGAGUCCACUAAUAUUUUUAAAUUUUUUGACAAAAUCUCUUCUAAAAAUAUGAUAUUUGAAUGACAUCAACUUGUAUGCAUAACAUAUAUAAUUAAAUUUUAUGUAAUGAAAGUCAUGCUACAAUUAUUGGAACAUAAUAAUUCAAAUGUCUUAGAAAAUAUGUCACUUGAAUGUACUUUUUGUUGAUUCAACAUCAACGAUUUCAACAUUCAUAAUCAACUUUAUCUCAAAUUCUAAAAAAAUGUUUACCAAUACUAUUACUAAUAAAUAAAAUUCAUCACUAAUGAAAUGAAAAUUGCAAUCAUACUUCUGUAGACAAAGUAAGUAUACACAUGCUGCCAGAAAACCAAAUUUUACUAUCAGAAAUUGCACCGACUUCCAAAAGAAUGUCUAUAGCAUGGAAAAAAAAUUAUAUUUAGAUUUUUUUUUAUUCUGUCAAAACAUACAAAUAUUUUUUUUUAUUCAUCUAUAUUCAAAUAAAAAAAGAUUGAGAAAACAUUUUUACCUCAAAAAAUAUUACUUUGUAUAUUUGGAUGUUAAUUGUUUUUUAGUUGAGCCUUCAUGUUUUAUAAUGCUCGUGAACAUAUUAAGUCAUUUUUUAUAUUUGUUAACAUCUCCUUUAAUUUUAUCAUAUCUAUAAAGUCAUUCUCGAACUUCGUAUGAAAAAUGUCAAUCAGCCAUGUAGUUGGAAGCGUGCUAACAAUAUCAUACACUAUUAUUGGAUUAUUUAGACUACAUUUUUUUUAAGGUUUGUCAUAUAAUGUUUCUUUCUUUUGUUAUAUGGUUUUUGACAUUUGAUUAUGGAUUAGUUUUCUCCGUUUCAAACUGUAUCCAAAAUAGAUGGAUAUUGCAUUUUGUUUUCCCUAAUAAUUAUAUAAAUCGUACUGCACAGGUUGGUUGGUUGUGAUUAAAUUUUUUUUCUUUGUAGUAGUGUUUCUGCUAUUUUGUGCAUAAUAUAAUGUUCACUUAUUUUUUUUUUCUGCCAUCGACCUUUGAGGUUUCAUCUUCAAAGGAAUCAUUUUCAAAUUUAUCUAGUAUAUCUGAUAUCGUUAAAUGCGUAUUACGACGUACAUAAAUAGAGGUCGUUCAAUGUUAUUUGUACAUAAUAUAAAAUUUGUAAAUUAAAUUUAUAAUAAUAAGGUUAAUAACGGAUUAACAAAUAUUCCAUCAAAAUAAUUUUAUACUGCUUCAUGUUCUUAUAUUGCAAGAAUAAGAAUAACAACACACC